CAUCUAAGAUCUAAGCCACAUUGCACAAUUUAUUUUUAUUGCUACACUCUGUCCCUGCCUCUUUUGUUGUACCUCCUGUUUGGGUCCUCUUUGGACCCUGGUGUCCUUGCCCUUUGACCUUUGGAAGAAAUGCUUACAAAUGAAUACACACUUAGGUGCCAAACAAAGUCUGGUCAGGUUAAAAGUAUUUUCUCUGCUUGUGGUGUUUAUAUUUCUUACAGGGGUGAAGACAUCUUAACCCAGAGGAAUGAUUCUCUAGUUGUGGAAUUUCAGUCAUCAGCCAGCAGAUGCAGGAGUGUCUAUGAGCCAGAUAGGAAUGCUUUACGGAGGAAAGAACGAGAGAGACGAAAUCAGGAAACACAGCAGGAUGGUGGCACGUUUAAUUCCAGUUACUCUCUCUUCAGCGAGCCCUACAAGACUAACAAGGGGGAUGAACUCUCCAACCGGAUCCAGAAUACCUUAGGCAAUUAUGAUGAAAUGAAAGACUUUUUAACUGAUAGAUCCAAUCAGAGUCAUCUUGUUGGCGUCCCCAAACCAGGAGUUCCUCAGACUUCUGUGAACAAGAUCGAUGAACAUUUUGUUACAGAUUCAAGAGCCCAAAGCCAGCCCUCAUCUGUCUGUAGCACUACAUCUUCCACACCAGCAGCUGUCCCUGUGCAGCAGAAUAAGAGAGGCACCAUGGGCUGGCAGAAGGCUGGGCACCCACCAUCUGAUGGCCAACAGAGAACAGUACCACAGGGCUCUCUCAGGACCUUGCUUGGAGAUGGUGUGGGCAGACAGCAGCCACGGACCAAGCAAGUGUGCAAUGUGGAGGUGGGGCUUCAGACCCAGGAAAGGGCACCUGCGAUGGCAGCUAAGCACAACAGUGGUGGACACUGUGUUCAGAACUUUCCUCCAUCCCUGGCUUCAAAACCCAGCCUGGUCCAGCAGAAACCAACCGCCUAUGUACGGCCAAUGGAUGGCCAAGAUCAGGCUCCUGAUGAGUCUCCCAAACUGAAGUCCUCUACAGAAACUGGUGUGCAUUGCACAUCCUACAGGGGGGGCCCAGCCGGCAAGCCAGAGUCAGCUAGAGCCAAGGCCAAGCUUUCCAAGUUCAGCAUCCCCAAGCAAGCCGAGCACCUAACCCCAAAUGACUGGACAAACCAGAAUCUGGAAAUGGAG